GCUAACUUGAACUGUUUGCAAUUUUAGUUCGAAUGUCGGGAAUUUAGAGAAUCCAUUCUUGGAGUUAUGCCACAUCACUGGGAUCGGCGGGAGGACACCAGGUUAAAGCUGGCACACUUCAGGCGACAUAAAAGGAAGGUGGUUAAGAAAGUACCUGGGAAGUCCGUCACUUACCCUUACCAUAAGCCUGAGGAAAAUCAUCCACCUGGGAAAGACACUACUAAAAGAAUCUCAAAUGUUAUUGGAAAGGCAGUAAAUUACGCAAAAUCAGCAAAACCCAAAAAGCCUUUGCCCUAUAUUCCUACUAUCACCAAUUAUACCAAGCUUUGGUGGGUCCCUAACGUUGUUGUGGCUCAUGAGAAGGAAGGGAUUGAAGCUGUUCAUAUAGCAACUGGUCGUACUGUGUGCAAGCUUCACCUCCUAGAAGGCGGGCUUCAUGCAGAUAUCAAUGGCGAUGGAGUUUUGGACCAUGUCCAGGUUGUGGGGGCCAAUGGUGCUGAACAGACUGUUGUUAGUGGAUCAAUGGAGGUGUUGCGUCCCUGUUGGGCUGUUGCCACCUCUGGUGUUCCAGUGCGGGAACAACUUUUCAAUGCUUCUAUUUGUCGUCAUUCUCCUUUUAACUUAUUCCAGCAUGGUGAAUUCUCCAGAGGAUUUGGUCACACUUUUGAUGCAACUUCUCUAGAGGUAGCAACGCCUAUUCUCAUCCCCAGAAAUGAUGGUCAUCGACAUCGUAAGGGAAGCCAUGGAGAUGUUAUAUUCUUGACAAAUCGUGGCGAGGUAACAUCAUAUUCUCCGGGCUUGCAUGGACAUGGUGCUUUGUGGAAUUGGCAGAUAUUGACUGGUGCUACAUGGUCAAACCUUCCAUCGCCUGCGGGAAUGAUGGAAGCUGGUACAGUGGUGCCGACUCUAAAGGCAUUUCCACUGCGUGUGCAUGACAGUCAAGAAUUGAUCCUUGCAGCAGGAGACCAAGAAGCUGUCGUAUUAUCUCCUGGAGGGAGUCUGUUGACUACUAUUGACCUCCCUGCACCUCCCACUCAUGCCUUGGUGUCUGAAGACUUUUCAAAUGAUGGAUUAACUGAUCUUAUCUUUGUUACUUCAAGUGGAGUUUAUGGUUUUGUUCAAACUAGGCAACCUGGUGCACUCUUCUUUAGCACACUCGUAGGCUGCCUUAUAAUUGUGAUGGGAGUGCUCUUUGUCUCACAGUAUCUAAAUUCUACAAAGGGAAAACCUAGAGCAACUUAUGGUCAGUGGUGACAAGUGAGACAUACUGAUAGUUUCUAGGGUGGCGUAAGCCACGAGAUCCCCGACUUGGUGCAGAAAAGAACUACUGCAUUGGGAUUUCAGCCAUACGCAUCGGGGGAAGGGCUUCAGUUUGUGCGAAUGGACCGGCUUGCAGAGAAAAAAGUUGGGAACUCUGUAAACUUUUAGAGAGCUCUUUUUCUUCUUAGUCCUUGUUCUAGUAUAUGAUUGAGUUGUAUAUUACUGCAAGACUUGUUGCAUAUAAACUAUGCCUCUAGGGUUAGAUUAAGGUAAGUUUUUCUGUCAACAUUUCAUCCUUUGUCGUUUUUACUAAUCCCCAAAUGCUACAAGAUUCUCAAGGUGUACUAUAGCAAUUAGCAUGUUGCUCAAAUUAGUGCAGUUUUGUAUUCA